AAGGGUCUCAUUGCAGAGAUUAAAAGAGAAAGCAGAGAAGCACUUCUAUUUUUAUCAUUCAAUUGCGCUAAAAACAAAGGGCAAUUGAAAAGAUGGUAGCUUCGUCAGCUGAGGAAAAUCCAACUUUACUUUGUUUUCCAAACAUGGAUUAUAAGUCGCAUAAAAUAUAAGAAAAAGCUUGUGUUAGAACAGGUUCUGCAUUGUCAUGUUACCAACUCAGUUUAUUGUAAUUAGGAUCUUGGAUUUCUUGCCAUUAGAAUUUAGAUCUAUAUUAAUCUUUAGUUUUUCAUCCACUUGUGGAUAAAAAGAAAUAAGCUUUGAUUUUGGAAGGUUAGCUGUUUUUGCAGCCUUAAACCAUAAAGAGAAUUGUCUUGCAUAUAAGAGUAUGAAUAUAUUGUAACAGCUGAUGAUUACAUGUUAACACAGAAAUAAUGGUGAAUUUGAAUAUCUGUCUUUGUUUUUUGUGUAUUUAUUUUGAAAUGAUAAUAUAAAAAUGAAUGACAAUAUGCAAAGUUAAAAAAAGCAUCUUGCAAGAAACUUAUCAAGUCCAAGCCCCUUUUUAAAUUCAGCUCAAAUUCAGUUUCAUACAAACAGAGAAGCACAAGAAAUAGGCACAUGCACUAAAACAAUACAAAAAAACCAAAUCAGAGAAUCUUGUUAAGUCACUUUUAUUUAUUUAUUAUACAUCAUCAGCAAUUAGCUAUUUUUUUUAAAUAAAAGUCAAAAUUCUUAUGUAUAAAAAUGCCAUAGUUUUAUUAUAAUUGCAAAUUAAUGCAUGAAUAAUUUAUUACAAACUCAUGUUCCAUAUGGCAAGAUCAUUUAGAUAAACAUUUAUAUAAAAGUGCAAUAAAAUAUUUAUUUAACCAUAUAUGAUUCCGUCCCAGCCAUUUCAUUUUAUUUUAUUUUAUUUUAUUUUAUUUUAUUUUAUUUUAUUUUAUUUUAUUUUAUUUUAUUUUAUUUUAUUUUAUUUUAUUUUAUUGCAGUUCUCCUCCGGUCCUCUAGAGGGCGGGAGCCAUGUUACGAGUGCUUUGAUUCAUCCGUUUCACGUCUGUGUUUACAAGCCAAGCGUGACGUUUACGGACCCGCAAAAUACGUCUCUCGCCGCCGCUAACACGUCCCGGAAUCGCGGAUAAGCAUCCAAAAUGCAGUCCCUGAGAGAAUUUCUCAAUGACAAACUGACUGCGGUUGCUGAGGAGAUAUACGAAGCGGUCGAAAAAACUAUAAUCGAGUACAAAGAGGAGAUUUUCCGCUCGAAAGAACUAGAAAUCACUCACCUCAGGAUGCAACUGAAGCUUCUCAAGUCAGACCCAUGCUGUACCACCGACAUGUGUCUUGAAGAGCAGCUACCGCAGCCCACCACGCCAGACUACCCUCCUCCUCCCCCUUCUGAUGAGGACUACCAUCAAUCAUCCCCUGCAGUGGCUGCUCCCCAGCACCACCAUUGUGAGGAAGAUGGUGACAGCAGCAUGGACCAGGAGCAUCCAGAAUCUUCGCAAAUCAAGGAAGAACCUGAGAAGACCCCCAAACACUUCUGGAUCGAUCAAGACGGGGAGCCUCUGGAGGCGUUAGAGUCAGACAUCAAGUUAAUCACAUCACCUUCCGUUUUAAAACCAGAUCUGGAGGAGCGAGCCCUGCACGUCCACCCUUUUCUCAACAUGGCUGGUGGCGAGGAGAGCAGAGGCAAAGCCUACACCUGUCCUGUGUGUAAAAAAGGCUUCAGCAACUGCUCCCACCUGUCAGCUCACAUCAGGACCCACACAGGAGAGAGGCCGUACAGGUGUGAAAUAUGCAGGAAGAGGUUCAUCACCACAAGUGCUCUGAACAGACACCAGACCAUUCACAGUGAGGGGAAGCAGUUCAUCUGUUCUUACUGCGGAAAAUCAUUUAAAUGGAUGGAGUCUCUGGGCAGGCAUAUAAGGAGUGCGCACAAAGGAUCAGAUAACACGCCUGUAUGAUACACUGCAGACUAGAGUUUAAAUACAGUAGUAAUUACAUGUACAUUAUUAUGCUCCAAACAUUAAAUGACUGUAAAGCAUGAAUAGGUCAACUGUAUGAGGUCAUAAAUUGUGCUGGUGAAUACAUACUAAC